UCCAACUCAAUCAAAUGUAUUAUGUACGUACAAUAAGAUCAAAACGUGGUAGUUUUUGAAGCCUUGUGCAUUAAGAGAAAUGCCUUGUUAAAGUUGUACAAGAGUCACAAAUCAAUUUUACCUUACAUAUCUUGGCCUAAAAACACAAUAAGAAAUACAGUAUAGCUCUUCUCCAUCAAUUGAUUCCAUGGCUCCAAAUAUGCCUUCAGCCACCUCAGUAUUAUCAGCCUACACCACUUUUGCAGCGUCGAUAAUGGUGGUGAAAACAAUGCUCAAUGAAGUUCGAAACAACGCAAACCAAGUCAUCCCUCAAACCCUUCAAGAAAAGAUCAUUGUGAAGUUCAGCCAACUAUUCAAAAUUCGUUUUACAGAGGAAGAAAUCUUGACCAUUAACAUCAGUAGGCAAUGUGACAGUCUCACCAAGAAUGAAAUCUACGAAGCUGCCCAUACCUACUUGGGCACCAAAAUCAACCACUCGAACAAGCGGCUUAAAUUGAGCAAAGCACCGAGGGAUAAAGACCUCUUAGUCAGCAUUGACAAAGGGGAAGUGAUCCUCGAUUCCUUUGAAGGGAUCACGUUGAGGUGGGUCAAGCUCGUGAGCGACGAGUUAUCCCAAGGACAUAUGGGUCAUAAAGUGAACAUGUUGUCCAUGGAGUUGAAUUUCAACAAGCAACACAAGGAUAAGGUUUUAGGGAGAUACAUUCCUUUUGUCUUGGAAACAGCUAAAAAAAUUCAGGAUGAAACCAGAGUAGUUAAGCUCUACAAAAUAGGAGAUCCCUUUAAUGAUCCGUCGUCAAUCGACCUCCAUCAUCCAUCAACAUUCGACACGUUGGCCAUGGAGCCUGAGGUUAAAAGGGCACUCAUUGAUGAUCUUGAUAAGUUUGUGAGGAGAAAGGAGUUUUAUCACCGUGUCGGAAAGGUAUGGAAGAGGGGUUAUUUGCUGCAUGGACCUCCAGGGACCGGGAAAUCUAGCUUGGUUGCUGCCAUGGCAAACUACCUAAAGUUCCACAUUUAUGACUUUGACCUCUCCAGGAUUAAGCAUGACAUGGAUUUUAGACGCUUGUUAGUUUCCACAACUAAUCGGUCCAUAAUAGUGAUCGAGGACAUAGAUUGUAGCUACACCAACUUUCAUAACAGGCAUCUGUCGUCUGGUGGAAACAAAGAUACGAAGCAGACUAAUGAAGGUUCAGGAGGUGACCAUACAUUGCCACUGGCGGGGCUGUUGAACUUCAUUGAUGGGCUGUGGUCAAGUUGUGGGGAUGAGAGGAUCAUCGUGUUUACGACCAAUUACAAGGAGAGGCUUGAUCCAGCUUUGAUAAGGCCAGGCCGAAUGGAUGUGCACAUUCAUAUGUCUUAUUUGACUUUCGGUGGAUUUAAGAUCUUAUCAUCCAACUACCUCAACAUCAGUAGCCAUGCUUUGUUCGCGCAAAUUGAAGAGCUGUUAAAAGAUGUACAGGUUACCCCUGCAGAAGCUGCACAGGAGCUGAUGAAAAGCGAUGAUAUUGAUGAAGUGCUUGAAGGGUUUGAGCAGCUGCUCCUUAAGAAGGAAAAAGGCAAACAGGUUCAGGAAAAUCUAUAAAUGCAAAUUGGUACAGAAGUUAUCAAUUUGCACAGUUAAGAUUUUCACUUUAUCUUUAGAGCAUUGUAUAUCUCUUUCAGAUGAGAAGUUUAGAGUAUUUAUUCCUUAAAUAUGUAUUGCUACUUGAAAUCCUAAUUGUUCACAUCAAUUAGAUUAUGUUCAA